AUGGCAAAGAACAAGUCAAAGUCAAAGUCCUCUGCGACCGCCGCGUCGCAGGGCAGCGGCCUCAACAAGCUCCUCCUGGUUCUCGGUCUCCUCACAGCUCUCCUAAGCACUGUCGUCUACUUUGUCGAGCAGAACCUUAACCAGUUCUACAUCUUCGACCUCGAUCACCUCGACGAUCUUUCUAAGCGAGCCAUCGCGAAACACGGAGAGGACACCCGAUCGGUUGUGCAGUACAUCGUUACGGAGCUUAACGAGAAGGUUCCCGAGCACAUCAACCUCCAGGAGGAAUGGGUCUUUAACAACGCUGGUGGUGCUAUGGGUGCCAUGUACAUCAUCCACGCCAGUGUGACCGAGUACCUCAUCAUCUUUGGCACUGCCAUCGGUACCGAGGGCCACACUGGUCGCCACACCGCCGACGACUACUUCCACAUCCUUUCUGGAACUCAGCUGGCUUACGUGCCUGGCGAGUACAAGGCCGAGGUGUACCCCGCCGGCAGCAUCCACCACCUUCGCCGCGGCGAUGUCAAGCAGUACAAGAUGCCCGAGGGAUGCUUUGCGCUCGAGUACGCUCGAGGCUGGAUCCCUCCCAUGCUCUUCUUUGGCUUUGCCGACGGCCUUUCCAGCACUCUCGACUUCCCUACUCUCUGGGACACCACUCGCAUCACUGGUCGCGAGAUGAUCAACAACUUGCUCAAGGGCAAGCUGUAA